AUGAAUUAGUCAGUUUAACACGAGAGGGUUAUUAAAUAGAAACCUAGUCUAAAAAUACAAACAAAGGACAUUAAGGCGAGCAAUCAAUUAAUAGAGGAGAUUAACAAUUUGAAAUUAAUCUAUUAGGACAAAAUCAUAGGGAUUCCACCAGAGAGUGGAUAUGUGAAAGCCAUUUAAAUUACUAUCUAUCCUGAAGAAAUUCUGGAUGAAAGUGAAGCUUAAGCAAUGGCAGUGUUGGGAUUACAUUUUCCACAAUCUUACCCUGAUCAUGUUCCGAAAAUCGACUUUAUUUAAUUAGAGGGUUUUAAUGACAUUUAGAAGGAGGAGUUAUUUUCGGAUUUAUUUGAGACGGGAUUGAAUCAAGCAGGAUCACAAAUAAUAUUCUCUAUAGUUGUGCAGUGUCAAAAAUAGGUGACUUCAAAACACUAAUACAAUUAUAAUGAGAAGAUCAACACAAGGAAUUUGUAUGACAUCUUUAUGCAAGAGGAGAAGAAGAGAGAAAAAUAGAAGAAGUUGCUCACUAAAUCAAGUCAAAUAAUGGAAGAGAAGGAGAACACAAAGUACACGUCCAUACAGGAGGAGUUUAAAUUGCGACAGGAAUGGCUGGAUUAACAGGCUAAUGAAUAAGAGCCAGAACCAUCAGAGCCAUUUAUCUAGAAGAGUCCAAAGGUUUAUGCUUGGCAACAAUUAUCAGGGAUGGAGUUGCUACUAAUCCAUUUGAUUAAGAUAGUCCUGAAGAAUUGCCAUCACUAAAACUAUAAACAAUUGGUGAGUUUAUUGCAUUUAUUUCAAAUCACCACAAACAAAGAGUUGUUAAAAUUACUAUCCCCCAAGUAUGAAGUCAUAUUCAACAAUCUCUACCUCAACAAAUUUGAUGGCAUAGCCAAAAAUGUACGAACUGAUUUAUAUUAGGAAUAAGAAAAAAUAGACUUCAAAAUGGCUGAAAUCUUUCAGAUGCACAAAUCCCAAGAUAAGAAUCUCACUGAUAGGACCAAUCUUAUGAAUCUAUUGUUCACUCCAUACAGUAAAUCGUCUUCCAAACUAUCCAAUUUCAGCAAUAAUGCCAAAGUAUUGGAGGAGUAACAACAAUAAUUAACUCUGUCUCCAAAUUAGAAAUUGACUUUAAUUAAAGAGCCCUCUUUUAAUAGGAUGGAAGCUGAUUUCGAUAUAGUGACAACAUUGGGAAAGGGAUCUUUUGGAGAAGUGUUUAAAGUCAAGAAUAAGAUCGAUGGUAGAUUCUAUGCAGUGAAGAAGAUCAAAAUUCCAUAUGGACAGGGUUUGGCAAGGAUAAUGAGAGAAGUAGAUUUAUUAAGUCAUUUGCAUCAUAGAUAUGUGAUACGAUAUUAUCAAGCAUGGAUUGAUGAAUGUGAUAAGACUCAAGAAGACUUUGAAAUCCAUGAGGAUGAUUCUGAAAUCUAAUUAGUUAGUGGUUUCACUUAAUAAUCAGAUAGUUAAUUUAAUUUUAAUGCUUCAAGUCUCGGAAGUGGCUUAUUUUAAAAUAGCAAUAAUCCCAUUAAGAAUGAAAAAAAAAUACUUGUUUUAUACAUUCAAACGGAGUAUUGUACGAGAACUCUGAGGAAACAAAUUGAAGAAGUCUAUCCCAAAUCUGAAUAAUCGUUCAUUUGGAAUCAAUUUAGGUAGAUUCUUGAGGGAAUGGUGUAUACCCAUUAAUAAAAAAUUGUUCAUAGAGAUUUAAAACCAGAAAAUAUAUUUAUUGAUACAACUGAAGAUAUUAAAAUUGGAGACUUUGGGUUAGCUAAACAUACUUCUAAAAAUUCUCAUUCUAUUGUGUAUAGCAAUUCAGUUGAAAAUACCAAUGAAAUUCCAGAAAUAUUAAGUUUUAUAACCUAACAACCUUUGUUAAAGAAGGAUGACUUAGAAUUACUUGAUAAGACACUUAAUGUAGGAACCUACUUUUAUUGUCCACCCAAUAAUGAGUAAGAAUUCGAUGAGAAGAGAGAUGUGUUUGCUUUGGGGGUGAUAUUAUUGGAAAUGUGGCAUCCAUUUUAGAAUCAUAAAGAGAGAGUCAAAACUCUAUCUUAAUUGAAAUUAAAUGGCAAGUUGCCUAAGUCUUUUUAAGUCUCUCAUCCUAGAUAAUCUGCAUUGAUAAAGUGGAUGACCAACACUGAUCCCAAGAAAAGGCCAACAAUUCAGGAAAUUCUUCACAGCGAACUAAUUCCACCCAAAAUGGAAGAUGAAUUACUAAAGGAAGCUAUAAAGAUCUUAGGCACUCAAGACAACGAAAGCAUCUAUUAUUAGAAGUUAAUUGAGGCCCUAUUCAAUAAUAAGAGAUUGAACUAUCUAGAUCGAGAUAGACUUUAUUUGUAACAUUGUAUUAACUAGAAAUUUUAUGUGAAAUAAUGCUAUAUGCCUAAAAUAUUGUAAUUUAUGAGUCAAUAAUGUAUUGUGUAAAUUUAGACUCCGUAUAUUAUAAAUAAACCAAAGGAUAUUGACAAGAAUGGCACAUUCCUCUACAGUUAACAUCAGCAACCAAUUCAAAUGAUGAAUUAGAAUGGGGAGAUUGUGUUUUUUAGACACUAAUUAAGAAAUUCUUUUGUGAAACAACUUUAAUUAUUGAAUAAUAAAUUGUAAUAGGGUAAAUCAAUACAAUGUUUUGAGAUUGGAGAGACCAUGAUAUCUGAAUUAGAUUAGAUUAGAGUUCAAAACCAAUUGAAUUACGAUCAAAUUUAAUUUAAUGAUGAUGAUGGAUUGCUGUCUACUAUAAUUUUAUCAAUACAGUUGAUGGAUCAAUUGAAUUUAGAAAUACCGAAGCUGAAGUUGACUAAUCAAGAAUUCAUUAUGGAUUUGUUAUUCGCAUUUAAUGUUUAUGACCUUGAUUCUCAAAAGCAGAUAUAUCAAUAUAUGUCGAAGGUGGCUUCUUACAAUUAGUUUAAUGCAAGCAAAUUGAGAUACUUUAUUUUAAAUGAUUCAGAUAAUGCUGUUUCUAAAUUGAUAAUAGAGAAAUAUAUAGACAAAUUGGAUAAGUUCAUACUGUUGUUUUAAUAUAAGUGCAAAAUACAAGACAUCAAUCUCGUUGAAGUUUUGUAAUUGUAGCAUAAUGAGGAUCUGAAAUGGAAGUAGAAUAAAAUAAUUGAAUUUGGUAAAAAGAUACUCUAUUAAUUACAUUGUUAUCGUAAGAUCAGGGAAUAGAUCAAUCCUUCGAGUUAUAACUAUGAAAUCCCCAUAUUAUUUGAUUGUUCUGUCAAUAAUAAAAAAUAUGGAUUCAGUCACGGAUUUCAAUUUGAAUUGAGUUGUUUGAAAUAGAAAUUGAAGGGUGAAUAUGUUUAGCUGCCUAUAUUAUACGGGGGAUCAUACGAAAAGAGCUGCAAAAAGUUAUAGACUUUAUGCUCAAUCAUAAUGGAUGUUCCUACUUAAAAAAUAGAAAUCAAUUUAAAUCAUUUUGGAGGAGGGUCAGCCUAAUUAUCAAGAUCUAAUUCUAUAAUAAGUCAAAAAGAAUUACCAUUAUCUAAAGUUUAGAGUAAUAUCUUGAAGGAAGGAGCUAGAUUAUCUUAGGUUUGCAAUAAAAAAGUGGAGAUCAAUGGAUUCACCCUUGAAUUGGAUGUCUUAGAGGAAAUCUUCUCUGUUUCCCAAGAAUAGCAAACUUCAUUACUAUUUAAGUAUUAAGUUUUGAUUUGCUCAGUCGGUGGAAACCUUUAGGAAGCUAAACGAAUAUAUUUAUAGGCUUGCCAUUAUUUGGACAUACCAGCCAUGAUUUACAAUGAUGAUGAAACUUGUUAAUUGGAAGAAUGCAUCAAUUUCGCUGAUCGCCAAGAUAUUAAAUUUAUUGUAUUUAUCAGAGAUAAGUUGUAUCAAUAAAAAUAGAAAGUUAUUGUUAGAUACAAGAAAGAUAAGAAUAAUAAAUUAGACAAAGAAGUUUCAUUUGAUGAAUUUAUUUAAUUUAUGGUAAAGCAUAAAUGA